AUGGUGUUUCCUUACAGAGAUAUUGUCUCCAAGGCCUUAGUGGUAGUAAUUACUAGCCUCUGGUUGCUCAGUCUAAGUACUGAAGCUGCUGCUCCAGAAUACCUCUAUCAUAUUUGUGGCUCUAACACAACCAUUUACUCUCCUAAUAGCACCUUUAAAUCCAAUCUCAAUCUCCUCCUCUCUAAUCUUUCUUCUAACAAUACACCCAACAACUUGUUUUAUAAUACAACUGCUGGAAGUGGUCCUCCAGGUGCGGCUUAUGGCCUGUUUCUCUGUCGAGGCGAUGUUACCAUUAAUGUCUGCCAUGAUUGUGUGUUGAAUGCCAGUCAAGAGAUAAUCCAGAGAUGUCCCAAGGAGAAAGUAGCCUAUAUUUGGUAUGAUCAGUGCAUGCUACGUUAUGAUAACAGGUCUUUUUUCGGGACAAUGGAUGAAUCACCUAAGGUGUAUAUGUGGAAUGAGCAGAAUAUCACAGAACCUGAUCGGUUUGCACAAUUGCUAGGAGAUACUAUGGAUAAAUUAGCAAAUCGGGCUUCAAGCGAUCGAUCUUUAAAUGAUCAAUAUGUCAACAGGUUUGCAACUGAAGAUGUUAAUUUUACAAGACUUCAGAGACUAUACAGUCUAGUGCAGUGCACACCAGAUUUAUCCGCAACUGAUUGUAAUCGGUGUCUUCGAGUGGCUAUAGGUGAUCUGCCAAACUGUUGCAAUGGAAAGAAAGGCGGGAGAGUUUUGCAGCCAAGUUGUAAUAUUAGAUACGAGACGUACCCAUUCUAUGAAAUCAAAGCCACAGCUCCAUCACCUUCACCGACGCCUCCUCCUGCUCCUCCUCUUCCAAUUUCCUUGACAAACCCUCGAGGUAAAGGGAAACUCUCAUCAGAAAUAAUUAUUGCCAUUGUAGUCCCAGUAGGUCUGUCUGUGGUUCUUUUUGCCAUAGGUUUUUGCCUCCUAAGUAGGAAACCAAGGAGAAAGUACAAUGUUGUAGAAGAAGAAAAUG